AGAAAAUUAAGAUGGCUCAGAAUCAAAUCCUUUCCAAUAAGGUCCGCACUUCAAUGCGUUAAUAUCCAUCUUUCUCCCUAAAGCAUAAGAUUCCAUUUCACAACUUUGCUUAAUUUGCAAUCUAUUUGCAAUUUGCAUGUACAACUCUUCUGCAAUCUCUUCUUUCAUCUGUCUUCCUCGCCCUUUUUAUUUAUGUGGCAAAGAUACACAUGUAAAGCAUACAGAAUUGCUUAUGCACGUAGUUUGUUUUCAGAGAGCAACAUUUGUCUUUUCCGCGUAUCGUUCCCAUCUUCGAAAAUUGCUUUUUUUCUUCAUCAUUUCUUCAACACCCUUUUCUCUUCCCCCCUUGGCCUUUUCACAUGUUCCCGAUUGACGCGCAGAAACAGCCACGGCUACAAAAAGAAAAAUGUUGCUGUAAAAAGUUAACCCUGCUGAGCAAAAAUCAUGCAAAAACUCUCUAUUAGAUUUACUUAAAAUCCUACCAAUACAUAAAGAUUCCAAAUUUAUCUGAGCUUAAACGAGUGGGGAAGAUUUUGGUUUUAAUUGAAAUUAAUUAUGGUGAAGGAAGCAAAUGAUUUAUCAAUACCCACCACCCACCGGUGCCUAAUUGUGGGGAAUUACUGCCACGACGUUCUGAUUAAAGACGACGUAGUAAUAGCGGAGUCACUCGGCGGCGCGGUUUCGUUCAUCUCCGCUGUCCUCGACGGCUUGUCCAUUUCCUCCGACUACAUUUCUAAAGUGGGCACCGAUUUCGUGUACUCCGUAAAUCACCGGCCGAUUACGUCAGCUUCUUCCAAAACCACCGUUUUUCACGCCUAUUUCUCAACGGAAACCAAACGCCAAGAUCGGAUCCUAAAACGGAUCAGUGCAUGCGACCCGGUAGCUCCCUCGGAUCUUCCAAAAUCAAAUUUCGAUUUUGGUUUGGCUGUAGGUGUUGGUGGGGAGAUUCUGCCCGAAACCCUAGAACGAAUGAUAGAUAUAUGUAAAGUUGUGUUUGUAGAUAUCCAAGCUUUGAUUCGGGUAUUUGACCCGGUUGAUGGAACAGUGAAUCUUGUACAUUUGGAUCAAACCGGGUUUGGGCCUUUAUUGAAAAGAAUCGGGUUUUUGAAGGCCUCCGCGGAGGAGGCACCGUAUGUAGAUGUUGAGGAAGCAAGGAAAUGGUGUUGUGUGGUGGUGACUAAUGGGAAAGAAGGGUGUGCAGUAUAUACUAAAGAUGAAGAAUUGCCCGUUGCGCCUUUUUCAGCUUUUCAAGUUGAUCCAACAGGAGCUGGGGAUAGUUUUCUUGGAGGUUUAGUUGCUGGGCUUGUUCAUGGUUUAAAUGUACCGGAUGCUGCAUUGCUGGGGAACUUUUUUGGAUCACUGACUGUAGGGCAAAUUGGGCUUCCCAAGUUCGAUUCGCGGUUGGUACAGAUAUAUAUCUUUGAUGUGGACAAGAGUUGGUGGAACAUCAAGGUUGAUGCAGAUAGAGUGGGGAAGAGAGUGCAGUAUUUGAGAUGAAAUAGAAGCAUCAGGUUAUUCAAAGUCCAUAUCAACAAUCACUUCUUAGACAAGUUCUGAUAUGACAGCUCUUUCUAGAGCAAGAAUGAGUGACAGGCACCAGGAUGGCUUUCUUAUUGAACUUUCUCUUCUUGGCCUGCUUCCUCGUCCUAUAUCAUUUUCCUCUCUUAGGGUGAUACAGAUGUAUUUGCAUAGUAUUGUGUUAUUGUCCUUUCACUUAUUUGUUGUCUCUUACGAUGUUGUUAUUACCUUACUGGCUUCUUUUGUUGUUACAGACCUUUUCGUUUGUUUCUUUUCUGAUAUUAUUGUCUCUUCUGUUGAGCCAAGGGUCUCCCGGAAAAAAGCCUCUCUACCUUUCCGGGAUAGGGGUAAGGUCUGCGUACACUCUACCCUCCCCAUACCCCAAUAGUGGGAUUUUUACUGGGGUAUGUUGUUGUUGUAGGGUGAUAGAGACGUAUAUGCUUUUGGACUAUAUCGAAAUUAGCGCCAUUAGUCGUGAAUUGUGUAUGUUGAAGAGAACUAGAACAUAACGCACAUUAUCAUGUUUUAUCUCCAUUUUUGAGUCGGCUGAUGUGCCUACGACAAUAUUACCUGUUCUUUGCUAUGCUUAGUUUUUGCUCAUGUAGUCUUAAUUUUC